UUACAGUCGCCUACGUCGACUUUCGCUCUGUGAAGCAUUUUGAGAACAAUAUAUCAAAGUAUCAGUUUCUAGGGGCUCGCGAGAGCACCCACAGAGAACAAAGGACCUUCUCAGGAAUUACCACAAUAAACACAUAGCAAGCUACCAAAUCAACUCUCAUACUUCAGAACUCCCAGGUCCUGCGAAUUACACCAGCUGUUACAGUUGAACUACCUUCGAAGGCUUUGAUUCCUCGUUCUCCCCGCCAUAAUGUCAACCAAGCGCCCCGUGGCACCAGGCUCUUCCACCCCAAAGCCGCCCGUCUCCUUCUCCUCAUCGAUAACCAUUUCCGAAAUUGCCGUCCUCAUAGGGACCCAGCCCAUCUUAAUACGCAGCUACUCGAUUAUCCAUCCCCGCGCCCGCCUUAUCUCUACCCAUGGCCCCGUUUCUAUCGGUUCAAUGUGCAUAAUAUCCGAACGUGCCUCAAUCGGCCUACUCUCCGCCCCAACAGCAGCCGCAGACCCCAAGCUCCCGGGUGUUACCAUCGGCGAUAACGUCGCUAUCGAUAUUGGUGCGGUGGUUGAGGCUUCUCACGUUGGGGACGGCACACACAUUGAGGCAAACGCACGCGUCGGUUCUGGGGCCAAGAUAGGGAAAUUCUGCCGUAUUGGAGCGUUCUGCAAAGUCGCAGCGGGAGAAGUUCUAGAAGACUACACAGUGCUGUUUGGUGACGGGCUUCGUAGGAUUGAUAAAACUGAAAGCGACGAGGCCAAGUUGAAGAGUACAAGGAGACAUGUGGAGGUGCUGAGGAAGCUGGUGGCCAGCAAACCCGAGAAAUUCAUGUAGACGGCAUAUUAGGCGGUGCAUGUAUGGUGGGUGAGCAAGAUUCGGUAUACCCAGGUUAACAAGGGCGAUUAUUUUGUUCAAAUUUGAUCAGAAGUGCUUUGUG